ACGCGCGACCUCCACCAUCCGUCACGGGCACACGCCUAUCUUCAAGAUGUGAAGCACAUAUAUAGAUCCCGCUCGCUCCUAUUGGUCCCUCCAUCGAACGGAUGUAAGCCGAGCAUCAUCUGCUCGCUUCAUCUACACUUUUCCGGCGCUGUUUGAUGCGUGCUGAACGUGAGUUGAUGACCGCGUUGAGGCUCCCACUCAUGGGCAGCCACCUUGAGAAGCCAUCGCAGUUGGCUUGCCAAUCGGAAGAGAAGUCGCGAAGCAGACAUUCGCUUCCGAUGGACAGAUUUUGUGAAGGACAGAAUGCUUAUUUUGUCUAGCGGGUCAAUGUACAAGUUGUGGUAGCAGUACGAAACAAUAUACAGUGCAUAUGAUGGAAUAAGUUACAUACCGUAUAACAGGUAAGUAUGUGCAGCAAUAAAUCCAAGAGUAGCGUAGUCAGCAUGAUAACAGGACGACGGGCAGACAGAUGUAAUGGAGAUGACACACGACCCCAAGAAAACAUGUCCGUGGGCAAGAAAGGGAUGCGACAUCGCUCAGUACUCGUCGCCGCUGCCUUCGCGACGUUUAGCAUAGUAGCUGUCGGCCACGGCAGCAUAGGUCUCUGUCCCGUGAGCAUGCGCAGGGCCAACCAGGGGUGUCAACAACAUGCUGUUCGACGGAAGGCGCGCCCUGGGCGUGGACGCUGAGUGGUUAUACAUCUCAGUGGCUGAGCCCGAGCCACCCGAGUCAAUGUAUCCAUAAGCACUGGACGGUGAAUGCUGCUGACCCUGAUACAGAUCCAGCCGCGAAGACGACGUCCAUGGACCCGAAGCAGCCGGCCGGAAGUCUGCACCGCCGUAAGCCUGUGCCGUGUGCGCGUGAGCGUCCGGACUAUAUCGAAGCGGAUGUGUUGAUGUGUGGGCAUCGACGCCGUAAGCAUGAUGCGGUAAAGAGGCGGACAACGGCGGAGACAGACCGGACGCGGAGUGGUGCGAAAAUGAUCGAUGGUGGUGCGGGGGUCCAUGCAUGUAAGAGGGAGACUGGUACAGAUCCUCCCGUCGAAGUCCCAUCCCGAAACCCAUGCUCAUGCUUCUUCGCAACGCACCCGCGCCCGCCAUGGAGGAUGCCUCCGCCUCCUUCUUUGUUUUGCGCCAGAGCUUGCGCAGCUCCUUGAAUUCUGCGGACCAGUUCAUCAGACUAUCGCGUGCAGAAAAUUGAAUGAUUUACCCCCUGGGCUUCUCUUGGGUCCAUGCUUCUGCAUCUGAACGUGUGCAUUGAGAUGAUUCAGCGUGCCAUAGGCUUUGGUGCACUCUGGCCACGAGCAUUGAUACAGGCGCUCGAUCUCGUCGUAGCGGCGUCUUGGUCGUUUGCGGACGGCGUUGCCGGGCAGUGCCACGAACGAAUAUGUCUUCGAACUCGUAGGGUCGUCCACAGAGUGCUGCUGGGGGCUGCGCUCCCCUGGUAAUGCAGCUGGCAUUGCCGCAUUCGAUGACGAGGAUGUACCAGUUCCUGGCGGUGAAGGACCAUAGGUAUCCUCGCCCGCAGCAGUAUCGGCACCGCCCCGAAAAGCAAACUGUAGUGGUGGAGAAUUCGCGUAACCGCUCGCAAAGGAAGUUGGGAAGGAGGACAGAUUGAGAUUGUGCUCGACAGGUUCUUGUUUCCAUUCGGGAUGGGGGGCAGGAGAUGCGUAGUUAUGUCGCGAGAAGGGUGACUGCGGAGAAUGGGGAGACGCCGGGUAAGAAUAUUGUGACUGCAUGCGCUCUGUCGACGGGACAUAGUUGGCUGUGGGUUCAGACAAACGGCGGUCAAAGAUAUUGGAUGUGGAUAGUUUAGGCAAAGUCCCAUGCCGCGUUGGACGGUCCCCAAGCGAAUCCGCACAAGAUGAGGAAUAGGCUGGGAUCUGAAAACGAUCCUGGCCACUAGGCGCGCUGAGGGGCAUAGAGGACGCGUCGGGGGAGGGAGCGCUCCGAAAUGACCCUCGCCCUGAGGUGUAUGUGUAUGGAGGAACAUACGCGCCCACGGGUUGGCCGACUGUGCUGGAGGCCGUGUCCGAAGGGGAGCGCGACGCACGAGGCGCGUAGUGGUAAUUAGGCCCUGAGGGCGAGCCGGGUGUAUCGUCUUCCACCGUUCCAGAGGAUGAUCGCGAAAGCGGGGAGACGCUAUCAGCCACGAGCCGGUUUAUUUCUUGGAAGAGAGUAGCAGAGGAGCGGGGAACGGUCUGGGGGUCGGGCACGUCGUGAGUGUGGUCGAAGCGGGGCAGAUGAAGGGAAGGAGGAUGGAGGUGCGAGAGCAUCGCGGGGCAGGGCACGGAAGUGGACGGCGCGCUUUUGAGAGCACAUCUAAUAUAACACAAAUAAUCGAGAUAGUAUUCGGGGACCCAAUGGGGCUUCCUUGGAAGGCAGAUCGUGGGAAGAAAAGACGGAUGACCUCGGUUAGACCUGAUUCCAGAUCCGAGUCCCGAUCUGGACAGCAAGAUGGACGUCAGGUGAAGAUGGUCACUCCUGCAUCGUCCCGAGUUCGAAUGGAUUGUAUCCAGCACAGAGCUGAUCCCUUCUUCUACGCAGAACACCCGCGCUCUUAUCACGCAACAAGAACCGACGCUCGCUUCCACUGCCGCAACUUCCGAAUGCCGUUUCAGUCGCACUCGAUGCACCAGAGCACGAGAAAUACUGCUCAGGAACCGCUGCACACUCCAAACGUUUCGCUGCCCCAUCAAUGUCCUGCCUGUUCAUUAUGUGCUUAUGUGUAUGACAAUAUUCCCAGUCUCGGGCCCGAGUUUCAGCGGUACACAUCAGCGCAGCCCGCCCCAGUCGGGCACUCGCUCGCAGAUGCCAGGUGCGUGCCCGUUGGGAAAGCAGCGAGCACAUCACUGAUUGCUCAUCGCUCAGUGCCCAGCGUUUUCCGCGCCCAGAAAUACACCUUCCAAGCCACAUCAGGUCGCGUCCCGCUCAGCGCCUACAACCAGCACAAGCAAUUGAUAGCCUUCAAGCGAGGAAGAGCGGAUCAUUGCGGAUGGCUUGAGCAAGGCUCAGCAGAACCCAGUUGGAGUAAGUACAGUAGAAGGGCCAAAAAAAAACGCGCACACACGGGCGUUUUUCGCGGCACGGGUACACCGAAUUUCGAAAUAAAAUAAAAUAAUCUUGAUCUCUCGUGCCUGAAUAACGGACUGAGGUGAAAUGCAUGAUGGGGGCAAAGUCAAAACACCGCUUUUGGACGAGACAAGACCAAGGUCGAUCCCAGAUAGGUCGUAGAUAAGUAGUCAACCGCAGAUAAGUUGCAGGCCAGAGGAGAGCGGCACGUCUGCUGCUAUGUGAUGCCGCCCUGGCCGUAUCCUGGAUCUCCACUGUGCAGAUCAUGAGUUUUGAGCUGCCAGCGUUAUGAUAUGUCUGACAGAUGGAGAAAGUCAAAAAGGAAAAUAUCCCGAAACGGAAUAUGAUGACAACAUACGGGGGUCUUGUGAUUCAGACGGACCAAACGCCGAACGGAAAAGUGAACGAAGCCGGCCAAUCCCGACUAGUUAGCGACGCCAGGAACCUGAGCAGGAGGAGAACAUAGCAUGUCUGGGAAAGUUGUCGGCACUGUCAACCAGGGGAAGUGAAGCCCGGAGAUCAAAGGAGCAGAGGCACAAGAGAUAUCGAUGAUCAUUCGAUAGACAGCGGCCAAGGAUGGCGAGAGCGUGAAUCACUGGCAGAUAACAUGCAACCUGGUUGAGGCCAGACUGGUAUCUUGUAUAUUGCUUGAACGCCCCCGAGAAACAGGGACAUCGGGUGUCGCUCAGUGUGGGUGCGAUGGCGCCGAUCCGGAUGGGGGUUCAGAUUCGAUUCGAAAGGGUUUAUCAUCGGGGAACAACGAUCAGACAUGGACAAGAUCUCGUUGGUUCGCCGACUUUCGUUGAGGACAAGGGCCGGACCUAUACACCGGUGACAGGUGACUGAGUGGUCAAGCC